AUGUGGCUGAUCUUUUGUUACUUCGCACAAUUACUACUCCGUAUGGUCAUUGCGGAUGAUGCAGAAAGUGAUGUUAUACCUGUAUUGCGUAGAAAGGAAUUUGUCACGCUUCAUGAAUGGACUGAGCUGAACUUAACUGUGCCGGAGGAUUGUCAGCAACCAUUGAAGCUGAAUGCAAUGCGAUAUGCACAGGACAAGCUGUUACCAGUAGAUGUGGAUGUGGAAUAUGGUGAUGACGGUUACCAUCGCACUUUCCUUACAAUUCCCCGUUUAAGCUAUGGCGUUCUAUACUCUCUAGCCGUGGUGGCUGAUAGUGACAAUUCAACACUUCUCAAUCCACUUCUGGUGCCCUACCCCAGUUAUGGUUGGCAUUCGAGUUUUGGUCAGAAUUGUAGCGGAAUAACAUCGGCAAUUAGAACUCUUAUCGAUGAUUGCUGGCGUUUGUGGGUAGUUGAUUUGGGUCAAAUAAACGGCAUUCAAUAUUGUGCUCCUCAAAUACUGGCCUUUGACUUGGUUACCGAUCGGUUAAUACAUCGUUAUGUUAUUCCUGCAUCGCAAUACACUCCUGGCAUAUCGAUUUUUACAGCACUCGCUGUAGAUGUGCGUGAAUCGACAAGGAAUGCAGAAUGUACUAAUACUAUGAUCUAUAUCGCUGAUCCUUGGGGUUAUGGACUGAUAGUUUACAAUAUGAACGAAGGUCGAUCUUGGCGCAUACAAAAUGCACACAUGCAACCAGAUCAGCUGUUGGCACAGGACAAGACGGGUAAUAGUGGCAUUUUCACAGUGAGCAUUACUCCGCGGCAACAGGAGAAAGAAGAAGAUGAUCGCCGUCUAUAUUUUCACGCCCUUAAUAGCUUCCUGGAAGUGAGUGUACCAUUAUUUGUAGUCAAUAAUGCUUCUCUCUGGGCACAGCCCACAAAUCUAGAAACGCAAAAUAAGCUGUUCAAUGAGUUCAGGAUCAUUGGCAGUCGAGGCAUACAAUGUGAAUCUGAAGCUAUGGAUAGUGAUGGCAAUUUAUAUUGCAGUUUGAUAAGUUCAAGUGCUUUGAUUGCAUGGGAAGAGAAUAGCGAUUAUGAUUCGGAUCAUUUAAAGGUAGUCGCCUAUAAUCCUGAUAAGCUACGAUUCGUCACAGGUCUAAAGGUGAACCGAAACCAUCUCGAGGAAGAUGAGAUGUGGGCCUUGAGCAGUAAUCCGGAGCUGUUUGUUGGUGGCAAAGUACAAAAAGACGAUAUAAAAUUUCAAAUCAUUGGAUGUCGCGUCAAAAAUUUGCUGGAAAAUGAGCCCUGCUCUGUGGUAAUCAACCAUUUGCGGCAAACGUGAAAGAAAUAAAUGUCAUGCAAUUUAAUGAAAAAUAUGUAUGUAAAUCAACUAAUUUUAAGUUGCCCAUAACAAAAAU